AUGUCCGAGCCUUCCCAGACUCCCGCUCCUCCCGCACAGACCUCUGCAGCUCGUGGAAAGCAAAAGGCUUUUACAGGCGCUAUCAAUGUUGGCGCUGAAGAUGUCAAGUACCAGGCAAAGUACAAGGAACUCAAGCGCAAGGUCAAGGACAUCGAGGCGGACAAUGACAAGCUCCAGGUCAAAGUCAUGAACGCCAAACUCACGAUUCAGCGUAUGAAAAUGGAACGAGCUGUUCUAUAUGAACGACUAGCCCUCUCCCCUAACUCUCCUUCCCUGCAAGAUCGAGUCCCUCUUCCAAUGGCUGCGCCUUCUGGGGUCCCUCCUCAUCAGCCUAUGUCAACCCCCCAUCACCUUCGAGACGUUCAUGAUCAUUCUGCUGCUUCUGCAGACCCCGAUCCAGGAUUUCCUGCCUUUCAGGAGUACGCUACUCGUCCACGGGGAACACCCACCCAACCUCAGUCCAUCGAAGGCCGCCCUCCGACCGCGAUUGACACUGUCCCUCCUCCAGGAGUGGCUCAUUCGCCGCAUAUGUCAAUCACACAUUCACCAAGGCGUGUCUCCGCAGAACACGAAGCCCGACAACGCAUCCCAAUGGGAAGGCCUCUGCCACCUUCGGGUAUGGGUCCAUACGAACGCUCUCAUUCCUCGUCACACGCUAGCCCUCCCAUGGAGCACGACUACCCUCCUCCAACUCAUCACAUACGGACCCGAUCCCAAUCUUCCUCGCGUUCCCGUACCCAUCAGAUGCAACCAUCUUCUUACCGGGAGGGACAAUACCCCGAAAUGCAGACUCAAGCUUUUAGUCCCCACCUUUCUGACCAGGAGCGAUCUAGGCAUUCAGAAAUGCGUAAUAUGCCUCCUCAACCCGAGCCUCAUGCUCACCCCCACCACCAAGCGCCGCUAGCACAAUUGUCUCCCCGAAGCAGCACCUCUGACUUACGCGCACGAAUGCACCCUCAUCAACGCGUCGGGCCUGGUACGUAUAUCAACAGGGACGAAUACCCUGACCGCCAGCAGCGGGAUCUCGAUCGUGACCGCGAAUGGGACCAAGAGCGAACCACUCGCGAUCUAGCGCGUAAUCGUGACAUGCCACCGUCCAUCCAUUCUCCCCAUUCGGUUCAUCGGACCCGCCAGCCGAUGGAUAGAAAUGACUAUCCUGAUCACCAUAUGUCCUCAGCCCGUGACGAACAGCCUCAGUUUUAUGACGCCCCUCCUUCAAGGUCAUACCCUCAUGUCUCCCGCUCCGGUACACCUGGCUCCGCUUCAGGCUCGGGGGCCGGUUUAAACGAAGACUCGUCCAGGCCCGACUCUCGAGCUGCUCAGUAUUACCAAGAACAAGACAGAGCCCGAACUUCCACUUACAGAGUUCGAACCGUUGGUGGACCCAACUCUGGCGAAGAAAAUAUGGAUUUCUUGCAUGAAGAUGGACGAGCUCACCCUCGAACUGAUCGUGCCCCUAGUGGCGGCGGCAAUUUCCCAGUCCCGGAACAGACCCUGCCGUCUGCAGAGUCCAGGAAGAGAAGUCGGAACGAGAUGGAUGUGGAUAGCGAAAAUGACGUCGCGGAUAGCUCACGCGGUACAGGCCACUACUCGACCAGUCAUUCAGCAGAAGACAGGGGUGCCAAACGCUAUCAUCGAGAACGGGCGCACCGCCGGAGUAUGGACGGUCUUGAAGAUAACAGAGUGGGGCCUUCAUGA